GUCAACGUCCUCAUCUUCUUCUUGACCGUAGACAGCAGCAAAUCGCAAUUCCAGCGACAACUUGGAUCUUCUCUUUAUGGUAUUGACAAUUUUAGAUCCUACGAUUGAAUUUCCGCUCCAUUCAUCUCGAUGUGUCUCUAUCGGCCAGCAGGCAAUGGUCCGAUGUAUGAGAAGCCGACUCAUCCGUAUCGCAUCGGCAAUGUCAUCAGCUCGACCAGACUGAUUUCUGCCCUGAAGUUUUAGCUAUGUGAUAUCUGAGUUAGCUAUGCGAUUCAUCGCCAUUACCCUGAUAUGCCAAUGGGGACGGUCUCUCCUCCCAAGAGCUAGCCAAACCACGACAAUCACAUACUUUGGGAAGCUUCAUUCACCCUUCUUUCUGAUCAUGGCAGGCGCAUGCCUCAAAAAACUAUUUAAGGCCAAUCCCUCAUUACGGCUGAAGUGUCAUCCAAGUGCUUUUACCAUAUCAUUUCCAUCAGUCAGCCUCCUCUGCCAACUACAGCGCCGUCCCCCAUCGCGAACAUGUCUCUCGCUCGCAAACAUCAAGCCCACGCUGAAGGGCAAUCUAGUAGUACUUCUGUAACACUGGAUUCCCAACGCUCCCUUCAGAAUCAAACAACCUACACAAUCUUUGACAUCAAUGACCCCACCAUCUCGCACACGUUCCCAUUCCCCCAAAGUCCUGGACCGCCGCCCACUUCAAGUACACCGUUGGACGCCCAGUCGACACCAUCUACAUCAAACCCACCCAAUACCACUCCUCAACCAGGUUCAUGUGAUCAGAAAGUCGGAGUAUCUCCUAAUCUUGCUCUACCUCUACGAACACAGAGAACGGGCCAUGUCGAGUCGUCGCCGCCAAUUGGGAAUUCCGGAUCCAUGGAAGCUCCAAAUAUGCCCACCAGGCAUGUCCCUCCUCCACCUAUAUCAGUUUCACCUGCGGGAACACCAGAACACAAAUACAACCAGCGUUCGCCACUUGCAAAUGGUCCUCCGCCCCCGAAAGGAAAACACGCUCAGCUAGAUCUUCAAAUGAUUGCCCCGGGGGAGCUUCUUCUGGAGGAAUACGCAUGGUUACCGGUCAAGACUCGCAUUCAGUUGAACAAAAUCGUCAUUACACUGUUCCAUUCUUUACGCGAUCCCCGAAUCGAUGGCAAAACGCGUUCAGGUAUACCCCUCCAAUCGCUUCGGAUACCUAGAUUUAUCGCCUACCAGAAGCUACUUCAACUUCACUCCAACGGAUGGAAAAGAUAUACGGCAGAAGAAGUCAGGAUGGAGCUCAAGUCCCUGCUUCGUGUUCGUACCAUGUUACCUUGCGAUAUAGAUGUAAUGGUUGCUUGGGAUUUGAUGGUGCGGGACAUGCACGCGAAGCUAGACAACAACGGAAAGGAGCUUUGCGAAUUUCUCUUUGAUAAACUGCAGAACCCCGGACCUGAGAAACAUGUAUGCUCCUCCGAUCGCGUGGUGUACAGGUACUGCCCACAUUGUGUGUUCCAGUUUCUAUCUACCUAUGGAGCUCCGCACCGUUCUGCGCCGGGUGCUCCGUCAUUGCAAAACUCAUGCUCUGUAGCGAUCGCUUCUGCGCCUGCGCCCGCGCCUGCGCUUGCAGGUGGCCGUAUAUCUGCUUCCCGGUCGUCGGCCAAGCCAUAG